AGGAAUUACGUGAAAGACCAGAAACUCUCGAUCGCCAUUCGUCUGUCGAAUCCUCGGCCCUAGAGUCUCAGAUUCUUCAUCGCGAUCGGUUUACGUGUUCGUCUCCUUCGUCCUCGUUUUCCGGCUGCGCGAGCGAAGAUGGUGUUGGCACAGUUAGGCGGGACCAUAACCCGCGCGAUACAGCGGAUGCGCAAUGCGACGAUCAUAGACGAGAAUGUUCUGAACGAGUGCCUCACCGAGAUCUACCGGGCCCUCCUCCUCGCCGACGUCCAGUUCCAGCUCGUCCGCAACAUGCAGAACAACAUCAGGCUCAUCAUCUGCUCCGGCGAUCUCGCCGGCGGGCACUACGAGCGCAGGAUCAUCCAAAAGGCCAUAUUUGAUGAGCUAUGCAACAUGUUGGAUCUGGGGAAGCCUUUCUUUACUCCUAAGAAAGGAAAGACAAGUGUCAUUAUGUUUGUCGGUUUACAAGGAUCGGGUAAGACCACGACAUGUACCAAGUAUGCAUAUUAUCAUCAAAAGAAAGGUUGGAAGCCAGCUCUUGUUUGUGCUGAUACUUUUAGAGCUGGUGCCUUUGAUCAGUUGAAGCAGAAUGCCACUAAAGCUAAAAUUCCAUUUUACGGAAGUUAUACGGAAUCGGAUCCUGUGAAAAUUGCUGUUGAAGGUGUGGAAACAUUUAAAAAGGAGAAUUGUGAUCUCAUAAUUGUUGACACAAGUGGGCGUCACAAGCAGGAGGCUGUUCUUUUUGAAGAAAUGCGUCAAGUUUCUGAAGCAACGAAACCAGAUCUGAUUGUACUUGUUAUGGACAGUAGCAUUGGUCAAGCUGCAUUUGAUCAAGCACAGGCAUUCAAGCAAAGUGUUCCUGUUGGGGCUGUUAUUUUGACUAAGAUGGAUGGUCAUGCAAAGGGUGGUGGUGCUCUUAGUGCCGUUGCAGCAACGAAAAGUCAUGUGAUCUUUAUUGGAACUGGAGAACAUAUGGAUGAGUUUGGAGUGUUUGAUGUUAAGCCUUUUGUUAGCCGGCUAUUAGGUAUGGGCGACUGGUCUGGGUUUAUGAGAUAAAUUCACGAAGUGGUGACUAAAGAUCGACAACCAGAGCUUCUACAAAUGCUCUCUGAAGGGAAGUUUACCUUGAGAGUUAUGCAUGAACGUUAUCAGGACAUUCUUAAAGUGGAUCCAACAGGCCAGGUUUGUAUUUCUUCCAUCACUGGAUAUGAUGCUUUAUCUUGUCAUCCCAUGCUUUUAUUUUGAGAUUCGUGCAAAGUGAAUACUCAUGGAUGCAUGCAUGAGAAUACACAAGCAUGCGGUAUGUCAAGAUCAGUCCAUGAUCUAGGCUAAUGGUUUGGUUCUCUUGAAUCAAGUGUAUUUCCAUGCUGCGGGGUUUCAUGCCAAAGGGUGGAGAGAAAGAAAGCCAGGCCAAGAUGAAAAGAUACAUGAUCAUGAUGGACUUGACGACAAACGAA